GUGAAAUCUUUCAAAAAUAAAAUUAUUAGUUUAAACAUAUUAUUCCCUUUAAAAUUUUUAUAAUAUUCCAAAUUCCCCACAAUGUUUGCCUUUAUUGAGGACAUUAAGAUGCAGCCCCUUGGCAACCGAAAGUCCUUUACACCCAUCGUCAAAGCCGAAUACAUUGGGAAUGUGGGAGCCUAUAUAGCCCAGACCGAGUUCAACUCGGAUGUCCAGACGGCCCUCAAUCUGCAGAACACGUUCUACAAAAAAUAUAGUUUACUGGCUUGGAAGCUGGAGGAGCAGAAAACAGCGAUAAUCAUGCGCCUGGAGGAAGCCAAGGCCAACAUGAAGCUGGUUGACAUGUUCAUGCGUAAGCCCGGCGAGGAGCAUAAAAAUAUGAUGCACAUGACCUACGGGGUGUUCCGAUGGGUUACCAUACAGCCAGUGGAGAAGGUGAUCCUCCAGGCGAACUCUAGUACUCUCCAGAUGGAAUUUGCUUUGCCGGAGGCUAUGGAGUUCCUCAAGAAGGACAUUACCAAGCUGCAGCAGCAGCGGCUGCAGGUUGAUCACGACAUCGACUACCUGGAGGAUCAGGUUCAUGUCACUGAGCUGAAUAUGGCUGUUUUGAAGAAAUACGAAAUGCGGAAGCAGCAACAGGAAAUUGAAGGAUGUAUGGCCUCAAGGGAUUAAGUAGUUGGGUGUCUUUAAAAUUGCAUUAGAAAAUAGUUGAAGAAUUUGUAAAAUGUUAAAUUUGAUUUCAGAAAUGAACUACAACUACUUCCCUACAAAUUCAAGUAGACAAACCUUUAAAGAAAAAUCUCUUAUCAAUAUAGAAUCUCCUAAAAAUUGUUAUUCCCUAGAAAUACUAACUUUAAGAGAAUAAAACCCCACUAAUGGUUUAAUUGUA